UGGGUUCACUUUCACCGAAUGCCAUUCAAGGCGAUUCCAAAGAAGUUAACUGUGGCACUUAUGGCACGAGUCGCUAAAAUAUCCAACUACUAUCCGGCAAAAGGUGGGUUGUCUGCAUACUACAGCCUGCACAUGAUUAUGCAUCAACGAAUGGUUGAUGCCUCCAACGAAUUUGUCGCUGAGAUUGGUGCCUAUGUCCACGGAUAUGGUCAUGACACCAAGAAUAAUAUGGCUGCUCGAACGAUCGAAGGUGUUUACAUGGGACCCACCGACGAUAUUCAAGAAGGGCAUCGUAUCUAUGAUCUGAACACAAAGUGCAAAGCACGACGUGCAAAAAUCAAGGUUCUUCCGAUGACUGACCAAGUCAUCAAGAUUAUCGAAGAAGACGCAAGAUUGGAAGGAGUGACGGAAUUGCGCACCUAUUCCAAGCGUAAUGGUGAGCUAAUCCUCGAUGGUGAUUUACUCGAAGGAGUGGACCCAGAUGAACUGUGGGAUGAAAACUACAUACCAGUAAACGAAAUCGAAAGACUGAGUGAUGUAACCCUCCGAAAUGAAAAUAUUCCAGAUGACGAACUUGAUGUUGAUCGACUGUCAGAUAAUCAACUCCAUAGCUGUAAUGAGAGCCUCAACGCUCUAGCUACCUCUGGAGUAUACUGA